AUGGGACUUCCUUCCACUAUCGGAGGGCCAUCUUGUUUUGUUCCGCUAGUGCCAGAAGACCUGAAAUUUUCCUCUUUUUUUGCCUGGGGCAUCUUCUUUGGAUUCCGCUUUUUUCGCCAGACGAAACCACGUGAAAAACCCUACCCGACAUCAUCUAGGGCUUUUAUUUUGGGGGAGUCUUCGCUACUGGAGAUUCAUUGACACGUUUUCUACCGGGGACCUCUUUCCGAACAGAGACCCUUUUUCCACCAUAGGAAUCCUUACGUCAUCGGUUUUGAAGCCUUCCCAGCCCAUUUUAAAUUUG